UAUAAAAGGGAAGAUAACCUUUCCUUUCUCGAACACAAAACACCCUAUUAUUCCUUUUUCUCUCUCUUUCAUUUUUUCUGGUGUUUGUUUUACUUUCUGAAAUUGGAAGCUUUUUGAUUCCUCUGAUCAGACCUAACUCAAGUCAGCUCCUAAGAAGGAGAGGAUAAUGGCUAGAGAGAAGAUCAAGAUCAAGAAGAUUGACAACGUGGCUGCAAGACAAGUGACCUUCUCAAAGAGGAGGCGAGGACUUCUAAAGAAAGCUGAAGAGCUUUCUGUUCUUUGUGAUGUUGAGGUUGCUGUCAUCAUUUUUUCUGCUACUGGCAAGCUCUUUGAGUAUUCCAGCUCCAGUAUGAAGGAUGUUCUUGCGAGGUAUAGUUUGCACUCCAAUAACCUCGACAAACUAAACCAACCAUCUCUUGAGUUGCAGCUAGAAAACAGCAAUCAUAUGCGACUGAGAAAGGAGGUUUCUGAAAAGAGCCAUCAACUAAGGCGAAUGAGAGGAGAAGAGCUUCAAGGACUAAAUAUAGAGGAAUUGCAGCAAUUGGAAAAAGUGCUUGAAGUAGGACUUUGUUGUGUGGUUGAAACCAAGGGAGAACGAAUUAUGAAUGAGAUAUCUACACUUGAAAGGAAGGGAGCUCAGCUUUUGGAAGAGAAUAAGCAUUUGAAACAGAAAAUGACAACCAUUUGUAAGGGAAAGAGACCUGCCCUUGUUGAUUUAGACACAGCAGUUCAGGAAGAAAGGAUGUCAUCGGAGUCUACUAGCAAUGUUUGCUGCAGCAGCAGUGGCCCUCCUGUAGAGGAUGAUAGCUCCGACGCCUCUCUCAAAUUAGGAUUGAAUAAUUGCUCAAUUGCAUGCAUCAACUUCAAACUGUUUACAGGUUGGCCAUCUUAAGCUGAAAGCUGGAGGCAGAUGAACUGAUCCAGUAGAAUCUUGCGAGGAACAAAGCUGGGAUCGCUUGAAGAUCGACUUAGCCUUUGAGAUAUAGGUAUUUAUUUAUGUUUUGAGUUAAUGUAAGAAUGACGCGUACUGGCAAACAUUCUGGAUUCGUGGAUUCGCUAUCUUCACCCAAUGAACCACUAUGCCAUUUAAAUGCAA